GUUAGUCGCCGUAGAUUUCUGACAGCUGUAAACAUGGCUGAAGAAAGCCUAAUUGAAAGCGAAGAAGAAAAAAUUUUAUACGAUUUACUGGUUAUUACUGAAUGGCCACCAGAGACGGACACCCAGCUGCGAGGCAACAAGGAGCCUAACACCUCUCUAAUUGCAAAAGCUGUGACAGGUCCAUUCCGCUUGAUCCUUCACUAUUUGUGGUACAGUCCCUCCAGCUCAUCUCUGCCUCUCGGUCUUGUCCGCCUGGCAAACAAGCAGAUCAACUGGCAGCUGGUGCUCGCAAGCAAUGGCAAACUGUUGGCAGUGGUUCAAGAUCAGUGUGUGGAAAUUAGGUCUGUGAGAGAUGACUUUGGCUCGGUCAUUGGGAAGUGCCAGGUGCCGAAGGACCCAAAUCCACAGUGGAGAAGGGUGGCAUGGAGCUACGACUGCACCCUGCUGGCCUAUGCCGACAGCACUGGCACCGUGCGCCUUUUCGACCUCAUGGGCAGCGAGCUCUUCGUCAUUCCGCCGGUGCCGAGUUUUCCCGGGGAUUUCAGUUGUGCAGUGGCAGGCCUGAUUUUCCUGGAGUAUACAGCUAGUGCUCAGUGGUCAGCUGAGCUUCUUGUUAUCACAUAUGGUGGCAGCCUCAAAAGCUAUCUAGUCAGCAUGGGAACCAAUCAGAACUUUCAGGAGAACCACACGUUCAGUUUUUCUUCCCACUACUCCCAUGGGAUCACCUCAGCUAUUUACCACCCUGGCCACCGAUUACUGCUUGUAGGCGGCUGUGAAUCAGGCGAUGACAGUGCAUCGAAGGCCUCCUGCUUUGGCAUCACAGCCUGGAGGGCUCUUUCUGGCUCACCAUACUACAAGCAGGUCACUAGCUAUGAGGAUGAUGUCAACAUGAAUCAGAAAAGAGGUUUCUUCAGGAUUCCCAGCUUUAGGUUCUUUUCCAGGCAAGGAGAUGAAAAGGAUGGCGUGUUUCGCAUGAGCCUGAGCCCUGACGGCACCCUGUUGGCUGUCAUCCACUUCUCUGGUCGUCUGUCUCUCUGGGACAUCCCUUCUCUUAAACAGAGGGCCACAUGGAGCCAGGACCACCAGCCAGGAUUUGAGGAGAUCAACCCAGAGUGGAAGACAUCGCUGGAGAGACGGAAGAAAAUAAAAGAUAAGGAGCAGUUCUAUCCGCUGGUGGAUGUGAGCUGGUGGAGUGACAACGUGCUGAUUUUGGCCCGCUGCUCUGGCUCUGUCACCGUCUCUUCUGUCAGGACGUUGCGCAACCUUCUGGGGAAAUCUUGUGAAUGGUUUGAGCCCUCACCUCGAGUCACUGCUGCACAUGAUGGGGGCUUCCUCAGCCUGGAGUGCGAGGUGAAGCUAGCCCAGAAGCGUGGGCGCCUGGAGAGCAGUCUCGGUGGGGGAGCCAGCGAGGAUGAGGAGGGAGAUGAUGGUGGAGAAUCUGAUUCAGAUGAAGAGUCCUCAGCCAAAGCCCGCUACUUUGGCUACAUCAAGCAGGGCCUGUAUUAUGUGACAGAGAUGGAACGGUUCGCUCCACCACGCAAGCGCCCUCGCACAGUUAUUAAGAACUACCGUCUGGUCAGCCUGAGGUCAACCACACCAGAAGAACUGUACCAGAGGAAGAUUGACAAUGAGGAGUAUGGUGAAGCCCUGUCUCUUGCCCAAGCAUACAAUUUGGACUCUGACCUUGUCUACCAGAGACAGUGGAGGAAGAGUACCGUCAGCAUAGCCUCAAUACAAGAUUAUCUGAGCAAGAUCCGCAAGCGUUCAUGGGUGCUGCAUGAGUGCGUGGAGCGUGUCCCAGAGAAUGUUGAUGCAGCUAAAGAGCUGCUGCAGUACGGCCUGAAGGGAACCGACCUCGAGGCCCUGAUAGCCAUAGGAAAAGGGGAAGAUAGGGGCAGGUUCAUCAUGCCAGGCGACGUCGACCUUGAUGACCUGCCUUACGAAGACAUCCUUUCAGAAGAGCAGGAGCAGGAGAUGAAGAGGGAGAGGGAGAACAGGAAGAGACGAGAGCUGCUGGCCAAAGUUGACUUCAGCAGGCUGACUCUGGAGCAGAAGGAACUCUGUCGGAGCAGACUGAAGCUUCUGUCCUACCUGGACCGGCUGGCAACGUACGAGGAAAUACUUGGCGGCCCUCAUGCAGCGGAGCAGAAAUAUGAUGCGGAGUUCUUCAAGAAGUUCCGAAGUCAAAAUAUUGUUUUGUCAGCAAGAAACUACGCCAGGGAGAGUAAUGUGCAGGCUCUGGACAUUCUGUUCACGUAUCACGGAGCAGAACUUCUCCAGCAUCGGCUAGCUAUCCUUUACAACUUUCCAGAAACCACCUCUCCACACGAGUACAUCACCUUGCUGCCUGAAGCCUGUCUGGAUGACAGAAGCGAGUUGGUGUUGAUUCCGUGGGACGAGCAGAGACACAGAGAGCUGGACUGGUGUGAGGCGGAGGAGUGCAGAGCGGUGCUGGAGCAGAAUUUGUUUGACGAUGACAGUUUCCUGUAUGACGAGGGCCCAGAGCUGCUGAGAUUCCGCACAGCCAGACCUUCCAUAGAGCUGCUUACUGAUUGGUACAUCAGCAGAGCCCAGGAUAUCGACUCCUGCUCCAGACAGGUGGACUGUGCCCUGUCGCUGGUACGUCUUGGGAAGGAGCGGGAGAUCCCGGGGCUGGAGCUCCUAUGUGAUGACUUGGUCACCAUGGAAACACUCGUGUAUGAGACAUCAUGUGAAUUGAGUCUGACACUUAAAGAUCUGCAGCAGCUCAGCGACAUCGACAAACUCCGCCUGCUCAUGAAAAACUCCAGCACUGAGCGCUAUGUAAAAGACACCUUCCAAUGGAUGGUGCCGUUCCUGCACCGCUGUGAGGGACAGAAAGAGGGUGCUGCUAAAUCUCUGCUCAGAGAAUACCUGAUCAGCCUGGCCCGGGAAGACCUCACUCUGCCCCUCAUCAUUUUCAAGCACUCCAAACCUGAUUGCCAGCAGAAGAUUAUAGGGGACCCAGACCAGCUGAUGGAGGUCGCUUUGGAGUGCGUCUACAGCUGUGAGAGAGACGACCAGCUCAGCCUCUGUUAUGACAUCUUGGAGUGUCUGCCGCAGAGGGGCUACGGACCAGAGACAGACAUCACUCCAUCGCUCCAUGAUCAGGUGGACAAACUUGAGAAGCACCUGAGUGUGGUUGAAGUUCUGGAAAAACAUGGUCUACAGAAGCCCAUCUUGUAUGUAAAGAACAGCCAGAACAAUGAUGAGGAGGCCCACCAACUAAUGGUCAAACUGUGUCGUCACACUGGCCGCAAAAACCCUCCAGUGAGUGAGACUGUGUGGAGAGGUCUACUGCAGGACCUGCUGGAUAUGCAGCAUAAUGUUUACACUUGUCUAAAACCAGAGACAUGCCAUCAGGUCUUUGUCGAGUCCCUGCUGUGUUCCAGCCGAGUGGAGAACAUACGCCUGGCAGGACAGCUCAUGCACUGCUCCAAGGUCAGUCAGGAUGUUCCUGUCAGCUUGUCUUUUCGGGGUAAAGGUUAUGCUCUGAAGGUGGCCUAUGACAACAGCGUGGAAUUAGUGUUAGCUGCUGCCAGAGAGUACUUCAACUCGUCCAAAUCACUAACAGACCCCUGCAUGGGACUGGCCAGGGGUUGUCUCCAGCUGAUCACAGACUGUCCUCCGGCCAUCCAGGAAGAACUGGACCUCAUCAACGGCCUCAGCCAGCUCGAAGAUUUCAGCGUCAGCAUCCUGCCUCUGCAAGUGCGACUGCGAUCAGACCGUCUGUCUCUCAUAGAGGAGUGCAUCGCCCACUGCUCCACAGCUUACAAGCAGUCCACCACUCUGCUCAAUCUGGCCUCGCUCCUCAGAGUGUCAGGGGAUGAUGAAGUACUGCGAAAAGGCAAAGUGUUGACCCUGCUUGCAGAGCAAGCUCUUCAAUGUCUGGACUUCAAGGUGUCGUACAUCCACUGUCAGGACCUCAUGGCUGCAGGGUACAGUCCAGCAUGGGAGGUGUGCAGCCUGCUCGGUCAGUGUGACGGUUAUGGAGACCUGGAGGCCCGGCAAGAGCUGUUAGCUUUCUCUCUCACGCACUGCCCCCCUGACAAUAUCCACGGCCUCCUGGCUGCUUCCAGUGACCUACAAACUCAGAUGUUGUACCAGGCUGUUAACUAUCAAAUGGAGCCUGUAAAUACAGAGACUGGACGAGAGACUGAUGAGACAGACUCUUUAAAGCCCCAAACCAGUGCAGGCUCCUCUGUGGGGACAGCAGGAGACCUGCUGCACAGGACUACAGCUAGGACUAUGGAAGUCCUCACUACUACAGGACUGACCACCAAGGCUGUUUUGACUGCGGUUAGUGACCACCGCUGGUGGAAGGACUCACUCACUUACCUCCGGCCACUGCAAGGUCGCGGGGCAGGAGCCACCAGCCAGGAAGGGGCAUGUGAGAACUCCAACUUGGAGCGUCAAGGCUGUAGCCCCUUUUAUCAGGAUCUCAUUGAGGAUCCCUAUGUAGACAUGAGUCAAGAUGUGUAUUCAUUCUACAAUGAAGUGCCUCCAGAACAUUUUGCUGAAGUUUUGCUGAGGACUGGAAAACUAGCUGAGGCCAAAACUGAGGGAAAAACCCCAUUUCCUGCUACAGAAGUAUUGCUGCAGCUGGCCAACGAUGCAUUUCCCAGGGACAUGAUGCUGGCUCUGUCCUACUUACUCGCCCUGCCUCAGGUAUUGGAUGCCAACAGGUGUUUUGAGAGGCAGUGUCACUCUGCCUUGUCGCUCCAACUGGCUGCCUACUACUACUCCCUGCAGAUCUAUUCACGCCUCAUGCCCUGCUUCAAGGACAAGAACCACACUCUUUACCAGGCUGACCCAAAGGAGCUGAUUCGAUUGGUCACGCAGCACGUGUCCUCGUAUUCAGCGUGGCCAGAAGAGCUGCAAAAGCUCAUCAGCCAGCUGCAUAUGUACAACGAGCGUCUGACAGACUUUACUCAGGCCCAGGUGCUGCAAGGGCUUGGCCGCGGUGUGGAUGUUCAGCGAUUCAGCUCCGACGCUGAUUACAAGAAGGAGACCAUACUCGGUCUCACAGAGACACUGGAUGAUGGUGUGUACAGAAUCGCUUUAUCUUUGGCGAAGCGCUACAGUGUUCCUCUGUGGGAGGUCUACAUGACCCACCUUGAGUUCCUCUUUACAGAUAGCGGUCUCUCCACCAAGGAUAUUGAAACCCGGAGCGAAUCCCUUGGCCUGUUUGUGACUUUAAAGUGUAACCCUCAGGCCUUUUACAGCCACAUGACUAAGUAUGUGCUCCCCACUGUGGAAGGAACUGACCUCAGCCGCCUGCUCUACUACUACACCUUACUAGAUGCUGCAGGCUGUGAGCCUUACGUCACCACCACCAUCAAGCCAGACUCUCAUGUCAAACUGCUCAAGAAGCUUCGGGCUGUUGCCAACGGUUUGAACUAUCAGAAGCUCACUGAUGAAUCCUCUGAUCCACUGGCCACUCUGGAGCCAGUACUGACCAGCCACAACGUGCUGUCCAUCUCUAAACUUGCCAAUCGUCUGCCUUUGCCCGGUCGUGGUGGUGGGGCCACAGUGUCCCCCAGUGCAGUCCACGCAGUAUGGCUGCAGAAGGUGUUCUGGAAAGGAGACCCCCAGCUGCUGAAGAGACCCCCACAGAGCGACCAAGACUUCCUACAUGCCUAUGACACUUGUGCCAAGUACCUGGACAGGAUGGUCCCUGCUGAUGCUGUCCGCUUCCUUGAUAACAUCACCUUCUCUCUUGAUGCAGCUAAAAAUUUGAGCAUCCAAGCGAGGUCGGAGGUGAUAAAGCGAGCCACCAAAGCCCUGCGCCAGCUGGGUGAGAAGAACAGGAAGAGAGGAGGUGAUGACAGUAGGGAGCAGGAAGGGACGGACCCAGCAGGAAUGACUUUUGAUGAGGCUCUAGCACACCUGCAGCAAUCUCAGGCCCACCUGGAGACUCUGAGUCAUCCCUUCAUUCUGUCACUCAAAGACAGCCAGCAGGAGCAGCUGCAGGGCUACAGUCAACUUUACGACUUGUCACGUUCUGAGAGGUCAAAAGUCUGCGAGUUAGCAGUCACUAUGGCAACUGAUGGACAGCCUCUGGAGCACAUUGGAGAGCUUCUGCGCACCGCUGUUGGACCCUUAGACCUGUCUGUCAAAAGUGUCCUUCACGAUGCUGUGGAGAGAGUAGUCGCUGCACUCAGUGGAGACCCAUACGCCCUGACAAAUUACCCACAACCCCUCAGGGUCCUGGAGGCCAUGGUGACUGCUGUGCACAACAGUGUGCAGAGUGGUGACAGUACAGUGACUUCAGAUGACCUCCUGGCUUGGCUGCGUCCAUUCUGUGGUGAUGCGUCUCUGCCUGUGCGGCCUCGCAUCGAUGUGCUGCAAAUUCUGGAGAGUAACUUCAGCCUCGGAGACAGUGACGUUCGUCUUCUGCUGCUUUACAGGACUCAGGCUGUUCUUAGGGACAGAGAGGUCCAGAUAGAGGAUGUGGAGAAUGAAGAAAAACGAUACAACCUUUUCCAGGAGCUGUUGGAAGCGGCACAGAAGUGGGAGGACUUUCAGUUGCUCAUUUUUCUCCUACAAGCAUGGCCACCUAUGAUGAAAGAAGAAGUGGCAGAGUCAGAGCAGAACCCUUGGGUGGUGCUCACCUCAGCCUUACUGACCCGCUGCCAGGGACCAGAGGUCAAAAUUGACCUGGGUCAGCAGGUUGUCACCAUGGUGAGAUCCCUCUAUAACACCAAACACAAGCUCCCAGUGCAGUGUGUUAGACAGAUAGCUACCCUGCUGCUCCGAAAUCAGCCGAGCCUCUUGCAGCCUGCACUCAAACUGAUGUCUGAAAGCUGUGACAAGCAACUGCUUCAGCUGACUCUCGAUCAGAUCAACGGCAUGAGCACAGAGACAGCUUCCUCCUGCGAUGAAGAGCUCCUUUCGUUGCUCCUAGAUGCCGGGCUCCUGGUAGGCUGCGUCUCCUCAGCCUUGUACCCCCUGCUUAGCUCCCACAUGCUGUCACACCAGCAGGAGGGAGGCUGGGAUGUGGAGAAAGCUGCCGCUGAGCUGAUGGCAGCAGGCCACGGACCCGAGGCGGGCUCCCUGUUGCUGGCUCACCGUGGAACCCACCCAGCCCAGUUCACCUUCAACUCUGCCUUGGCCGUUCUCAGGAAGUGGCUGUGAAAGGAGAUGGGUAGGCAGUUUUGGACCGCAGCCACAGACUGCUGUGAUAAUGCAGCCUUGGGGAAAGAGUAGGAAGGUGUUGAAAAAGGACCGGAAUUAGGCUGGAUUGAGAUCUGAAGAAAUAGAAGUAAAAGCAGUCAGUACCUCUACAUUUAGUUCUCUAAUCAGGGUUGAGGUUCAUCAACAGAAGACAUUUCAAUAGCACUGUCUUCAUCGAAGGUAUAAGAGAGGAUACAUCUAAUCCUGAAACAUCUGCUCCAUUAGAAAGACACACAUACACACAAAAACAACCUCUGCUGUCACUCAGUCAUGGAUGAACGUUAAGACUGAGGCCUAAUCACAAAAUGCACCGGCUGCUUGGAUUUAUUUGUGUGUGCACUGUGUCCUAUUGUGUGAUAAAGUAAUUGAGCAGUGGGUAGCAGUGGGUGGAUAUUAGCCUAUUGUUCCGUGACAGGUUUGCCUCUUUAACAUCCCAUCGUUAAACACCCUGCCUCUGCUCCAUUGUUUUCCCCCUAAUAAUGUCUAAUUAAUUCCCUCUAAACAAAUUAGCCCCGAAGCUGCCCCCGUGCUGAGUGUACGGAUGCACAAAUACUAUACAUAUGACACACACCAGUGAAGUUAUGUAAAGCUAGUGCUGUUAGCUUGCUUUGUUCCAUUUAAAUAAAUAAAAGAGUAAACUACGGCUUUAUUUAGUUCCACC